GUGAACAUGGUCUUAUUCAAUUUAAAUUCGGUCAUACUGUUGACCCUUGUUGGUAGCACCCUCGUAACAUCUCGUAAGGUGCCAAACUGGGAAGAGGUUUUCCGUAAUUACGAGUCACCAGUUAUUCCUCUUAGACAUUGGGGAAAUAAAAGCUACUGGAUAGGCACCAGCUUUCAGGCUACUUGGUUUGAAGCACUAUCCUUUUGCAAUCAAAUGCACAUGCAGCUACUUACCAUCAACUCUAAUGAAGAAAAUGAAGUAAUCUACAGAUAUAUAAGAGAAGCCAGCAAAGGUUUUGAAUAUUGGACAUCUGGUACAAGAUUAAUAGACGGAAAUAAGUGGGUAUGGUUUCCAUAUGGAGAUUUAAUAGAUUACACAAAAUGGUCAAGCGGUCAACCUAGCGAUCCAAAUGGAGAAAAAUGUUUACAAGUGUGGAAAGUUGAUGAAAAUUGGAAGCUACAAUGGAAUGACAGACCAUGCGACGUUCGUUUUCAUUUCAUUUGCGAAAGAUACGACUCUCAAAAUGAGGGAAGACUGCCGUCAAGGUUGUAAUAUUCUUUAAAAUAAUAAAGAUUAUUAUUAUC